AUGAGCGUCGUGGAUAAUUUUCGCGACCAUGUCAAGCGCUGCAGCUGGGACCAAGAUGAACUCGAGGCUCUCUUGCGAGGCAACCGUGGCGUCAUGGUAUUUUUCCUCAACAAUACCCAGCAGACGGUGACUUGGUCUGACUCUGGAUGUGAUCAUGGUGAACGGUGCAUCCUUGCACCUGACGACAUCGCUCCUGGGAAAUGGGGGAGAUGGGCAUUGCGGUCAUGCGGGUUCCAGACAGGAUGUGAAGGCUGGAUGCAAUGGACGGUUGAUGGUAAUGGAGACCCUACUGUGAAUCUGGGAUACGACAACCCGUACUAUGGGUCAAACUCUUAUUCCUGCAGUAUUAAUUCGACUUCGUAUACUGUGGAUUAUGAAGGAGGGGAUGGUAACGCCGCCAUCGUCAAGUUUAUUCUGAGCGAGAAGUGA